UAAAGCUGAUUCCCAUCGAAAUGUUGUCAAAGUUUCUAUCCCAUCUCUAUUCCUUUCCAAAAUUUGUUGUGCAUAUAUAAAAAAAACAUGUUGAUAUAAGAUCUUUAGUGAUAUUUUGGAUUUUUUUUUUACACGGCGGCACGUCUCAUUUGUGGCAACACACUGGCGCACGUUGCGAAACGCACUGUUUGUGGUAGGAAGUUUAAAUGGCGGCAGCGCCAAAACGUAAAGGUGACUUAGUGACUGCAAGUUCAUCGCAAGAUCUUGUCACCGAUCAGAAUUCGGGUCGCCGACAAGAGCAAAAGGUUUAUACAUUCAAUAGUGAACGCCCAAGCGGCAAAAACGGGUCGCCAAAAGUUGAGGACAAGACUAAACCACAGAAAACUAUACUGGAGGAGCAUGGCAUUAUAUUGGGCAAAGUGAUCGGUACGGGUAACUAUGCCAAAGUCAAAAUCGGUUUCUCUGAAGAGUAUGGCAAACGAGUGGCAGUGAAAAUCAUUUCAAAGGUUAAAGCCCCAUCCGAGUAUACGCAAAAGUUUUUGCCUCGCGAAAUCGAGGCGGUCAAAGGAUUGCAUCAUGAGAAUUUGAUAACCUUCUAUCAGAGCAUAGAGACUAGUCAUAGAGUCUACUUGAUCAUGCAACUGGCUGAGAAUGGCACACUUCUGGAUUAUGUGCGUGAUAAGAAAUUUCUGGAUGAACCUCAGUCGCGUAAUCUAUUUAAGCAACUGAUUAGCGCUGUGGAAUAUAUACACAGUAAGGGUGUCGUUCAUCGUGAUAUUAAGUGUGAGAAUCUGCUUUUGGAUGAAAACUGGAGUUUGAAAUUGAUUGAUUUCGGUUUUGCACGCAAGGAUACCCGUACAACGGAUAAUCAAGUGGUUCUCUCGAAAACCUUUUGCGGUAGCUAUGCCUACGCCAGUCCAGAGAUUCUAAAAGGCGUUGCCUAUGAUCCUUUUAUGUCUGACAUUUGGGCCUGUGGCGUUGUCUGCUAUGCCAUGGUCUUUGGUCGACUACCCUACGAUGGCUCCAAUGUGCACAUUUUGCUGAAGCGAAUCAAUCAAUCUCUGGUAUUCCCCAAAUCGCCAACCGCUUCGAGUGAAUGUAAGCACAUGAUAAUGCAUAUAUUGGCUCCAGUUAAAAUCAGAUAUAAUGUACCACAAGUCAAGGAUGAUCCUUGGUAUAAUUUGAGGUAAUCUAGAUGAAUAUCAAAUGAUGAUGCUGCCGUGAAAAAAAAAUUAUAGAAAUCAAAAUUUACACAAAAAUCAACUAAAAAAUUAUAUACAUUUAAUAAACUUUGGGAUCACUUUAAACAGAAAA